AUGGACUCAAUCAUGGAGGGCUGCCGUUGGGUGACUGUGGGUACCCUGCUUCUAGCAUCCCUCGUUCUGAGCUCCAGAACAGCUCGCUCAGAGGAAGACCGAGACUCACUGUGGGAUGCCUGGGGCUCGUGGAGUGAAUGUUCACGCACUUGUGGAGGAGGGGCUUCAUAUUCACUGAGACGCUGCCUGAGUAGCAAGACCUGUGAAGGGCGAAACAUCCGGUACAGGACGUGCAGCAAUGUGGACUGCCCUCCAGAAGCAGGUGAUUUUCGUGCCCAGCAGUGCUCUGCUCACAAUGACGUCAAGUAUCAGGGACAAUUUUAUGAGUGGCUUCCCGUUUCUAACGACCCGGACAACCCAUGCUCGCUGAAGUGCCAGGCCAGAGGAGCAGCUCUGGUUGUGGAGCUGGCACCAAAGGUUCUGGAUGGGACCCGGUGCUACACUGAAUCCCUGGACAUGUGCAUCAGUGGCUUGUGCCAAAUCGUUGGCUGUGACCGCCAGCUGGGAAGCUCUGUCAAGGAAGACAACUGUGGGGUCUGCAAUGGCGAUGGGUCCACCUGCCGGCUGGUUCGAGGCCAAUAUAAGUCGCAGCUCUCAGCAAAUAAGUUGGAUGAUGUGGUGGUUGCUAUUCCCUAUGGAAGCAGGCAAGUUCGUCUCGUGCUGAAAGGACCUGAUCAUUUAUAUUUGGAAACCAAGACUCUCCAAGGUGUGAUGAGUGAAAACACCCUCAGCUCAACAGGCUCCUUCCUCUUUGAGAAUUCCAGCAUCGACUUCCAGAAGUUUCCUGACAAGGAGAUAUUAAAAAUAUCUGGACCUCUUACUGCAGACUUCACUAUCAAG